GCUGCAAAUUCAACGAAGAUUUUGCUGUCCUUUGCUUUUCGAUAUCCUUCCAUUUCUCGGUUCCGCUUCCGGCUUGAUGGCCUACCGGAUGAUUCGACCGGAGAGCCUCGCGGCGAUUUGUUUCCUUCUGAUCUCGCUUCCUUUUCCGGCAUCGGAAGCUCUAAUCGCCUCCCCGGGUUCUAACCCUCCUUACCCCAAACUCAUAUAUGAUUUGAAGGAAUCGAUUGCGAAAGGGUUAGGAUUCAAGGAAGAGGAUUUCAAGAUAUCUGGAUUUGACUGGAGAGAUGUCUUGGUCGGGCGGUCGGUGGCGUAUGAAUUUGAUGUUGAGAUUGAUGAUAAAGUUCUUCCCUUGAAACUUCUGGAGGAUGUGAAUAGAUGGGAGUAUGUGGAUCUUCCUAUUUUCCGGGUACAGGAUCCGGCAGAGGAAAAGGGGCUGGUGGAGAAGAACAAAUUAGAGAGUGAGAUGCCUGUGUUAGCUCCAUUCACUCUGGCAGGCCCAAUGGAACUUUGGAUCCAGGAUGGCAAGAACAUGAGGCUUUCUCUUCCUCAUGAUGUGGAGGCUGGUACAGUAAAAAAAGUGGUGUUAGCAGACGGUGCUAUGGUCACCGUUAAGGGUGCCAGAUCUGUUAGUCUACGCCAUCCAGUCGAGUUCCCUCUUCCAUUUAACACAUCCCAUAACGGUUUUGCCUCUGGUCUGUUAACUCUAGCAGAACAUCUACGCCAAGCCAUCCGCACCAAAGGUGGUCCCGUCCUAUCCCUUCGCAUCGUGGGCCCAACCUCUCUCACAUCACCCACUCCGUCAUCACCAUCAUCUUCAUCAAACAAACUUAAGCUUAAGCGCUUAGCACCCGGCCUUGUGGAGCUAUCGUCCGUACCUAAAAUGAAAGCGAUCUCCACUGUCGAUCUUGGAGAGACAACUACCCUCUUAACACCUUUCCAAUUCACUACAAUGUGGCCAUUGGUUUCUAUCAAUGGCUCAAACCACAACUUGAUUGGUUUUGAGUCUUUGCUGUCUUCCCUGCUGGGUCCCAAGGCAAGCACAAAGGGUUCCUUCAAGCUGCUGAAGGCUGACAUAUCGGCCCAAACGUUUGUGAAGAUGGGUUUUGGGUUGGAAAAGAAGUUGGAGGCAGGGGACAAGUUUGGUGCCGAGAGUCUCCCAGAGUGGAUGACGAAGCCUGAAACCGUGAGGAUGCAUUUUGAGGUACUGGCGAAAGUAGAUGGAGACAAGGUUGUGCCUGAGAGAGUGGUCCAGGUUCAUCCUGUAAGUAUAGAGAACACUGUGGCACCAAAUGUGCUUUCUGGCAAUAGGACCAUGUCUACCACUCCCAUUGUCCAUCUACCUCCAAGUCCAUUCACAUUAUGAACUCCUCAGGGGAACAAAAACACUAGGUCUCAAAAGAUCAAAAAAUAUACUCAAGAGUGAACAAGUUACCGAAUGUGUCAGUGAUUAGCCUUGGCAACCAAGCCCAAUCUAUCAUCAACGGUAACCAGAAUACCAUGUAAUGUCAUUUGCACACAGUGAAGCAAUUGAUUUGCUCCAAUUUUUUUCGCGGAAAAAGAGCAUAACAUCCGAGGAGGAUGCAAUGGGGCUAGGCAAUGUGGAAGAUAGAGUUGUUCAUUCCUUUUUAUUAUAUGACAAACCACGAGUGUGUACACAACCUGAUUACAAAAAAGUGUAAAUAUGACUAUUGCCUACAGCUUACAAGAAAACUUGCCACACGAACAAUCAAGAUACUACCUUUAAGGAGGAAAAUGCCUACAUGUCCAUAAAUUUUGAACCAGAACUUGUCCAAAAUAAUGUGGGAAAUCAAAUUUGUCGUUUAAA